CCCGAAUUGUAAAGCUGAUACGGCCCAGCUCUUGUAUGUGCUCCGGUCCGAUUGGGCAAAUACAAACAGGAAGACACCGUUAGUCGGGGCGCACCUUGCCCCGUCACACAAGUGGGGAACACACCGGGACGUUACACGGCAAUCCUACGGGGGACCACCGCGAUGGGCCCGAAGGAAUCUCUGCGUUUGCUGCUGGUUGUUCUCGCGGUCACUUUUGCCGAGUCACAGCGGAGUGAUUUCGGAAAUGGUGCUGAGGUUGGAACGCCCGACAGCAGAAACUGCCAGGGGACUAACUGUGGAAACAACUGUGGCGGAUGUCCUGGGCAGCCUGGACCGAGGGGUUUCCCAGGGUCACGUGGCGCCCCAGGCUUUCCCGGACCGGAGGGUAUCCAGGGGGAGACAGGAACCGCAGGACAGCCCGGUUUCCCCGGGGAUAUGGGACCAAAGGGUGACAGGGGAGACGUUGGACCAAUUGGCCCACAGGGUGUCCUAGGGCCUGCAGGACCCGCCGGACCCCGCGGUACCCAGGGGGAGAAGGGCCUGAAGGGAACCAACGGGUCACCUGGGCUGAGGGGCGAGAAGGGACUACGGGGGUCCCAAGGCGUUCCCGGCAUGCCCGGCGAUCAGGGAAACCCAGGUGAUAACGGACCAAUGGGAAUGCCUGGACUAUGCGGCCCAAAGGGAGAGCCUGGUUCUCCAGGUGCACCCGGAAGAUCUGCCGGCGCCUCCCCCGGCCCUCCCGGUAGACUGGGCCCCCAGGGCCCGCCGGGGCCACCAGGAGUACCCGGGCCGCCAGGAGCACCACCGAGCAUCGGCGUCAAGGGUGAACCUGGUCUGCCUGGGACCCCAGGCUUGGACGGGAACCCUGGACGUUUAGGCCCACCAGGGACACCAGGUGUUAAUGGAAUACCGGGGGGACCUGGACCUAAAGGAUCUUACCAUAAAGGUGACAUAGGAGGGCCUGGAUUCACCGGGCCACCAGGUCAACAGGGUCAGAGGGGAGUUAUUGGAUUCCCAGGCAAGAAAGGAGAACCAGGCACCACGAGAGGCAUCCCCGGGCCACCUGGCAACCUGGGCCCGCAGGGACCACCUGGAGCACCCGGUUUUCCUGGGCCAAAAGGAGAUCCUGGUGCGGCUGGACCACCAGGUCUACCCGGAAGACCCUCGGCAGGACAACCUGGGAAUCCGGGUCCUCCUGGCCCCACUGGUCCACGAGGAACACCAGGUGGCCCAGGAUUCCCAGGACAAAAGGGAGAAGCUGGAGUCGGGUUCCCCGGAACCCCCGGUACUAGAGGAGCGACUGGCCCUCCCGGACCAGCCGGUCCCGCAGGUAUAACAGAAGGAACAGCCGGAUCGUUCCACCUGCUGGUGCGACACAGCCAGACCAUCAAUAUACCGCAAUGCCCCCUGGGAACAACUGUGAUGUGGCAGGGAUACAGUCUGCUGCACGGGGAGGGCAACGAACGGGCGCACGGACAGGACAUGGGUACGGCGGGUUCGUGCUUACAGCGCUUCGCCCCAAUGCCAUUCAUGUUCUGUGACAUCAACUUCCACUGCCACUACGCGACCCGUGACGACAAGACCUACUGGCUAUCCACCGUGACGACCGAACAGGAGAUCCCAGAAAGCACCGUGGACGGCCCCAGCAUUCUUCCCUUCAUCUCUCGGUGCAUCGUGUGCGAGGUGCCGUCGACUGUGAUGGCGUUCCACAGUCAGUCGUCACAGGUGCCCGGCUGCCCCGCCCCCACCAGUGAGCACUCUUGGAUCAGUAUAUGGGAAGGAUUCAGCUUCUUCAUGCACACUGCAGCAGGUGAGGGCAGCGGACAGGUGUUUUCCAGCCCCGGCAGCUGUCUGGAGAAGUUCCGCCCCGCCACCUUCAUCGAGUGUCACGGCGCACAGAGGACCUGCGGCUUCUUUGCCAACAAGUUCAGCUUCUGGCUGACAACAUUGCCGGGUGAAUACGACCCCCUGAGGAACGGCCAAGCCUACGAGCCCAGGGACGGCGAGGUGAACAGCUUGGUCUCCGGCCAGUCACAGCCAACCACUGAGAUGGAACGUAUGAUAGGGCGAUGCCGAGUGUGCAUGAUGGUGACACCGGCCAUCCGCGCACGUAUAGAUCGGGCACGGCAACAGGGAUAGAUAGGGAAUCUCUCCGAAGGCGUCGCCAAAAACUAAAGGUCACAAUGUGAAAUCUGUGUGCAAAUUCACGGAGAAAGGGAUCAUAUAUAUUAUGUCUUAUCUGGUGCUGGUAUUUUCGUUGGCAAGUUUUACAACCUCCCACAAACUGCUGACGAAAAUGUCCGUAUCUAUCCUUAGAUUGCUCAUUGUCAGUUUG